GUGCCAUUUGCAGAAUCUUUAGGAUUUACGCGGAGUCUUUUACGCGGCGCGUUCAUGCGGUGCACUGUGUUUUACUGUACUAUAAUGUGCUGCAUAUGAGAGCGCAUUAAGAAAUAUGGACAGGUCAGCAAAACAAAACUCACCGGCGUUGUUGUGGGAGAAGAGCGAGCUAUGAGCUGGUAACUGUAACUUCGCUCCAUGAAUGCUAUGAAUGAUUCUCUGGAUGAAACGCACACCUCUGGCAGCCACGGGGAGAGAGCGGCCAUAUUUCGGGGCGCGAGAGGCAGCGACAUCGUCGGGGCGGCCUUGAUCCCACUGCGCUCCCCCUUGCAGCCACCCAAUACUCAUCACAACAAGACGACUCCUGCGGUCUCCAUGCUCUUCAAGGGAAAUAGGAAGUCCAAAGAAGGUGUAGAGACACAAAUGGGACCCGUCCCAAAUCCCUUUCCAGAGCUGCUACCAUCCGCUGUCUCCUUAGUGUCUGAGUGUCUGUUACCCUGGACCAAAAACAGUGCGACUCAGGUAAUCAAAGUCUACAGUGAAGAUAACACCAGUCGGGCUGUUGAGGUUCCCAGUGACAUCACCGCCCGGGAUAUAUGCCAGCUCUUCAUCCUGAAGAACCACUGCGUCGAUGACCACAGCUGGACUCUGUUUGAACAGAUCCCACAUCUGGGCAUCGAGAGAACCAUAGAAGAUCAUGAGUCUGUUAUGGAGGUCCAGUCGAGUUGGGGAAUGGACUCUCACUGCUGUCUGUACUUCAGGAAGAAUUAUGCCAAAUAUGAGUUCUUCAAAAAACCUCUUGAUUUUUUUCCCGAGCACAUGGUGUCUAUAUCAAGUGAAACCAAUGGAAUCAUGAACCACUCACAACUAAUCCAGACGUUUCUCAGUUCCAGCUCCUGUCCUGAGAUCCACGGGUUCCUCCACGCCAAAGAGCACGGCAGGAAGUCCUGGAAGAAGUUUUACUUUGUGCUAAGAAGAUCAGGAUUGUACUUCUCCAACAAGGGGACAUCAAAGGAACCGAGACACCUGCAGUUUAUUUGCGAGUUCACCGAGAGCGACAUCUACACAUUAUUAAGCGCCAGAAAAGUUUACGGUGCCCCUACAGACUACGGAUUCUGUGUGAAGGCGAGCAAGUCGAAUGUGGCACGUGAUCUGAAACUGCUGUGUGCAGAUGAUGAACAAACCAGGACAUGUUGGGUUACAGCCAUGCGCCUCUUCAAGUAUGGCAUGCAACUUUACCAGAACUUCAUCCAGCCCUAUCAAAAGCAGAAGAGUUCUCCUAUGAGGAGUAUCUCUGAGAACUCUCUGGUAGCGAUGGAUUUCUCAGGACACAAGAGUCGGGUGAUAGAGAACCCAUCAGAGGCUCUGUCAGUGGCUGUGGAGGAAGGCCUGUCGUGGAGGAGGAAAAGCUGUCACAGGUUGAGCUCUCACGGCAGUCCAUCUACCACUCAGAGCUCCCUGUCCAACUUAGCUAUCCAUGUGGCUCAGCCGUGGUUUCACAGUAAAGUUUCUCGAGAGGAGGCUCAGAAAUUAAUCACUCAACAAGGCCUCAUUGACGGGCUUUUUCUUGUAAGGGACAGCCAAAGUAACCCCAGGGCAUUUGUCCUGUCACUGUGCCAUACGCAGAGAAUCAAACACUUUCAGAUCGUACCAGUUGAAGAGAAUGGCGAGUUAUUCUACAGUCUAGACGAUGGACACACGCGUUUCACUGACCUGCUGCAACUAGUUGAGUUUUACCAGCUGAACCGAGGCGUUCUCCCCUCGAGGCUAAAACAUCACUGUGCCCGUAUCACCAUCUGAACCACACUAUAGAGGUCCAUGAGGGUCCCUGCCAUGCACCGCGCUCUCAUGCGCAUUAAAACACACAGGCGAUAUUUUUUUGGACAUCGGUUUGUGCCUUGGAUGGGAAACUCAACACAGUGGAAAUCACCAACUUUGUCCAGUAGAGUUUCACCGUCCACCCCUCGAUGGACGUUGGGGUCUGUACUGAUCAACUUUAAGUGUAUCUUUACUGAUUUAUGACGGACCGGUGCUGUCUGUUAGUUGUGGUUUUCAUACUUGCAUUACUAAAGAGACCGGGUUGGGCACAUGGACGACUGAGGACCCUGAUAUUCACUGAGGGCUGGCUAACCAGAAUGUAUAAUGUCAAUCUCACAGUUGCUAUCUCUCCUGAUACACACACACACACACACACACACACAAUGGUUGACUUGAAACCAACUUAUUAAGCUACCGAUCAAAGUUCAUUUUUAAAAUUAAUUGUAGACUGCGUGAGUCUCCGUUUGGUGUGAACAAACUAAAGCUGGGUGUACGCUGUACGAUUGUUGCCUGAGACGCGAUUGUACUAUCAGAAUUACGCUUUUGAGUUUUGACUCGACACUCCACCUUUUUAUUUAGUUUGUUUUAAAAAAUAAACAAAUAUAAGAGCAAGAGUUUGCCAGGUUUUUUGCGGUACCGUUUCCAUUUUGUGAAAGAGGAUACCAUUGCUGUUAAACAUUGACAAUCACGACCAAAACUUAUUAUGGUAAAGUUUAACAUCAAAGAUGGCACAAUCUGCUUUGGAGUCCAAUCUUACAACAUCACACAGUGUGCACCCGGCUUAAAAGACAUGGUAUAGCCAUAAUCCAAAUAAAUAAUAAGCUGAAACUUUUGGGUUUUGUUGUAUUUUGUUAGUCAUGUGUCAAAAAAUUCAGGUAUUUUAUACACAAGGCUAUAGAUGCUUUAGUGAACAUGUAUGUGCAUGCCGUAGACGUCGAAGCGGCAUGAUUGCGUUUGUCGUGGGCGACACGUUUGGUAUUAACCUCUGCUGUACCGCACCAUGGAAUGUAUCAAUACCAUCCAAUGACAGUGAUGCUGAACGCGUAUCAUGCAGUUUACACAGAAGAGCUGUUCGCUCGGACGAAGAACGCGUGAGAAUAAUCAUGUGACUUAUAAAUGAUUGCAGAACUCAAUUGUUGUACAUUGAAACUGAUUUUUUUUUAUAGACACAAGAAUUCAGGUAAAUGGUGUUUUAUACCUGAAAUAGUACAUUUAUUAUAGUGAAAUGAUCAAAACUUGUAUGUGCAGAGUUUUCAAAAGACAAAAAAUGCAUUGUUUAUCUAAAAAUGAUAAAUGAUAUUUAUGAAUAUCCAAUAAUGGAACAAAACAUGUAUUGAACAAAUAAGCAGUCAUCUGAAACCUUUAAGCACUAUCCACGAAUAUGGUAAACUUCUGUGUCCAUUUACUUUAUUGAAGCAUUAUAGCCACAAAUACCCCUUUGUGUGAACUUUUAUCUCAUAAAAUUAAUUAAGCAUGCAAAGUCGGUCAUUUUGAACCUUAUUAACAAAGCUAAAUUAAUGAUUAACUCAUUUUAAUUACCAAAAAUGUAAUGUUUAGCCGAGUCCCAUAUUUUGCACACAACCCUAUUAUUAAUACAUGAACUUUGCCCCAUUACACUGCACAAUCCAUUUAAAAUAUAUGACACCAGGAAAUAACAUCAUUUAGACAAAAGUAUUUGGCUCAUUUGGCUAUAAUGUGUCAUCUCAAUAUUCGGUAAUAGGGUUAAUGAAUACCGCUCAAAUAAAAUUUACUUUGCCUCGUGAAUUUGAUGAUAAACAUUUGCUAAAAGUUAAGCAAUUUUCACUUCGUUAGUUCUGUACCUUUUCGUGGAAAGGGUUGUUUAUGAAAUGCACAUUUGACUGUUUUUUAGAGAAACUGUUUGUUUGUUUGAUCUUUUCCGUGUAUGUUACUUGUAGAUUGACUUCAGUAUGAUAAUUUGCGUAUUAAAGCAAAAAAGGAAAAAAAUACAAAAGCAUUUAAAAACUGUUAAGAUGGUCAAGGUUUAUAAUUGCACUGUAGUUGAAACACUGGUAACUUGAUUUGUUUUGUUGACGCUUAUCCAAGAUUUCAUUUCUCUGACUGUUAGUUUUUUUUUAAUGAUGUUUUAUUGAUAUUUUGUUAUUGCUGUCAUGUCCCUCCUCUGCUCUGACAUACAGACAUGUGUUCUGCAUCUGAAUCUGUAUAUUAAUCUGAAUGAUGGAUAUGAAAUGACCAGGAUUAUAUACUUGAUGUUCUUUUCUAGAGCACAUUUAUCAGGUUUUGUGAGAUUUCCUCAUACAGAUGAAUUAACCCAGACGUGCUUCUGAUAGAGUCUAUUCAGUAUGGGUUAAAAUCUUUUUUUGUACUUUUUUGUAUUUCUGUUAUUUUAUGUAAAUGCAAAACUUAAAACUCUACCCUUUGUUUCCCAUUUGUUUAAUGACACUGACAGCAAAUAAACUUGAAACACCCCUUUCCAUCCAGAA